CCAAUUGUGAGGAAUAGAUUCACUGCCAUAAGACGAAUAAACCUUCUCUUUUGAUACCUUCUAGCCUAUAGACUCCCGAUCCGCCGGCGUAAAAGUUUACAAAAAUGUCAGCACAAGAAUCUCCAGAUCAACAACAACCCGCAACAAACGCUGGGAUCGAAUUUCUCUCAAGCCAAGAACCUCAUAUACAAGAUCACGCGAUGGAAGCUCCUGACUCUCCACCUGAUCUAUACUCUGCCCACAACCACAAUUCCUCUGACACACCAGCUACUACGCCUUCCAAGAGCGCUACUCAGGAAAAGGUUAAUCAUGGUGCGCCUGGUAGUUCGUGGUCUUCAAAGAAGUUCAAUGAGGAAUAUGAUAGGGCUUGGGAUGGAUUGAUUGAUAAGAACUGGGAUGGCAAAACCAGAUAUGGUGACCCGUUGUUGCAGAAAUGAGGGGGCUUUAAUUACUGGGUGACGGGCCAUAGCACGGAUGAAUUUUUCCUAUGAUAGCAUUAUUGCGAAACAGUUGAGACAGAAGAUAUGAUGCAAUGCAUAAUGGCUUGGGAGUUGGGAGGAUUUGCUGGCGUUUUAGGAAGAGGAGAAGGAAGAAUAGCAAGUAAUAGUCUCUAUCUGCUCGAAAAUGGAGGUGUAGUACAUGCCUCAUUUCACAGUAUGUGUGGUAUCAUCGUGUUUUCAAUUUGAUAUCUUCACUCCGUUGCAUGUGAUGGUGUGAUUAUCUCUUUAGAAUU